UUCAAGUCAACUACUGAAAGAAAUGAAGGGAGGGAGUAGCAGUAGCAGAGGAACGAAGAUGACGGCGAUUCUGCCGUGGGAGCUCAUAAUCGAUAUUUUGUUGAUGUUGCCUGUCAAAUCCCUUGUUCGUUUCAAAUGUGUCUGUAAGUCAUGGCUUUCUCUUCUCUGUGAUCCACACUUUGCAAUAUCACAUUUUCAACGACUCUCAGCAAGUUCUACCAGACUUUUGUUCAUAGCGCCUCCUUCUCCUGAAAUCCGAUCCAUAGAUUUCAACGCAUCCCUUCACGAUGAUUCUGCAUCUUCUACAUUAAACCUUAACUUUCUACUUCCCAGUACUCCUGGUAAUGUUCAGAUUAUAGGUUCCUGCAGAGGGCUUUUACUUCUGAAUUCUUGUCAAAGUCUCUGGGUGUGGAAUCCAUCAACUGGGGUUCACAGAAAAUUAUCUUCCACCCCUAUUGAAUCCAAUUUGAUGCAAGCCAUGUUUUUUACAUUUCUUUAUGGUUUCGGGUAUGACCCAUCAACUGAUGACUACUUGGUGGUUAAAGCGUCAUACAAUCCAUUUCCACUCGAUAGUGCAACCACCCGUGUGGAGUUUUUCUCGCUCAGAAAUAAUGUGUGGAGAGAUUGUGAGGCUACCCAUUUGUCUUAUAGGAACUACUCCAAGGGUAGCAACGGCAUCAGAGAAGGGUCGCUUUUUAAUGGUGCUAUUCAUUGGUUGGCUUUUUGCUGUAAUGGACCAAUGGAUGUUAUUGUUGUCUUUGAUUUAACUGAAAGGAGUUUCUCAGAGAUACUUUUGCCGGUUGAAUGUUUAGAUUAUGACACUGAUUUGUUUAUUUUGGGGGUGCUUGGGGAUUUGCUUAGUAUAUGUUUUGCAGCGUGGGACGGGUCACUGGAAAUAUGGGUGAUGGAAGAGUACAGAGUGCAGUCGUCUUGGACUAAGACUAUUGUUGUGUCCGCUGAAAACAUUCCUGCUGCUAUGUACUUCUCCCCAAUAUGCUAUACAAAAGAUGGUGAUAUUUUCGGGACAGAUGGUUGGACUGGAUUGGCAAAAUAUAAUGGCAAGGGACAGCUGCAAGAGCAUCGAUCCUAUAGUAAAGGUUCUUACCGAUCCCAGGUGGCUGUGUAUACAGAGUCCCUGCUUUCAUUCCCCAUGUAACAGCAAGCAAGCAAACUGAAGAACAUGACUAACUAUAAACAACAAGUAUUAGGUUAUGAAACAUUUUCAGUUGAUACAUGUUAUACAGAACUUGAGCUACGAAGAUUAAAGAUUCCAUCUAUAAUUGGAGUAUCAACUGUCACGUUCUUUAAGUUUAUUUUUUUUUCCACAGCAUGCCAUUGGACAGACCAAAGUCCUACCAUUGCUGGUUUCCUUGCAAUAUUUGCAUCCCUUCAUCAAUUUGAAAAACUCAUUUCCUCAUGGUCUUCUUAAAGAGUAUAAAUGCAUUCUGGACAUUAAACAAGGCUAGUGUUUGAAGUAGCCUCAUGCCAUUACUGUAUCUGCCAAAGUUUCCUGAGCAAUGUAGCCUAAAGUUGCUCUGACUGUGGCCAUUGACAGUGUGCUCUAAUCUCUUUAAGUCCAAACUAGAGAGUCAUCACA